AUGUCGCAGCAGCAGCAGCAGAGUAAUAUUCCGGUGAGCGAAGUCUAUUGGUCUCUGGUCGCGAAGGCCGACAAGAAAUUCUCCAAAAUUAGGGAUUUGCCCUACUACGAACGCAACAGAUAUGGUACGUACUUUCACAAAGUUUUUAAAGUGUACACCCAAUUGUGGAAGUUUCAACAAGAGAAUCGACAGAAGCUGGUGGAAGCAGGGCUCAAGAGAUGGGAGAUUGGAGAUAUUGCGUCUCGUAUUGGUCAGCUUUAUUUCGGGCAGUAUAUGAGGACAAGUGAGGCAAGUUAUCUCCAAGAGUCAUAUAUAUUCUAUGAAGCCAUCCUGACUAGGGAGUAUUUCAAAGAUGGUGUGUUUCAGGAUCUGAAUCUUGUCAACAAACAAUUGAGGUUUCUUGCUCGGUUUUUGACGGUUUGUUUAGUGUUGGGCCGGCGAGAAAUGGUCUAUCAGUUGGUAAAUCAGCUCAAAAUGUUGGUUGAUGAGUGCAAGAGGACUUUCCAGGAAACUGACUUUAAAGAAUGGAAGCUGGUGGUUCAGGAAAUAGCUAAAUUUCUGAAAGCUGACCCACCUUUUAUGAAUAUCAGGCCUUUGAGAUAUAGUAUUGUGUUGGAUCUGCAUCCAGAUUCUAUUGCUAACACAAAGAGAAAACUAAGAUUAAGCGAUGCGAUACUCUGCAGCUACCACCCUAAUGAGAUCAAGUUUUCGGAGCUUUCUCUUGACACUUUCAGAAUGCUCCAGUGUCUGGAGUGGGAACCCAGUGGCUCCUUUUACCAGUUUAGUGGAGCUCAUUCAAGUGGGAAUGGCAACAUUGCUCAGAAUGGGGCCCCAGGGCCUAGUCGAGUUAAUUACUCACAAGAUAUAACUGAUCCAACUUUGCCACCUAACCCAUGCAAAGCUGUCUUAUAUCAUCCAUCAAUUACACAUUUCAUGGCAGUUCUGGCUACAGUUUGUGAGGAGCUUCCUCCUGAUGGAGCUCUCCUAAUAUAUCUAUCUGCUUCAGGCAGCAAUGUGCAUGCUGUGCCAUCUCUGUCCUGUGCUGGAACUUGUAUAUGCAAUUCCGAAAACAUGGCCAAGAUCUCAUUCCACUCUCCACCUGAGAGCCCAAACUCUUCUCCUGAGCAAAGCAAAGGGGACUGCUUACAUUACCAUACUGGUGGCUUGCAUAUUGGUGCUCGCGGAAAUGGAGGUAUUCCAAAAAGAAUAAAAACCAAUACACAGCUUAAGAGCAACUAACUAAGUCAUGCGUCUAGGCAGCGUUCUCAUCACUUACAGGCAUCUCUCAAUGUAAUUGUUUGUUAAUCAGUUUUUCUUUUUCUAGGCUGUUCUCCAAUAAUAAGGUGCAUAUCGACUUAUGCAACUUGUUAGACAACGUCUCACA